AUGCAAGGCAUUCAACAGGAACAGCUUGUGGAGGCCAUUGUUACCAUGGCACGGGUACUCGACUACCGUGCGCUGGAAGAGCUUAAUAUGCGUCUCUCGAAAAUGCUUGCGAAUGAUAUGUACAUGCCGCACCGUGGAAGGGGUGGCAUGGGUGGUGGCGGGUCGUCAUCAUUUAGGGGAGGCUAUCGCGGUGAUCACAAUCCCUUUAAUCAGCAGCGUCAUCACAUGAAUCACCAUCAGCAGCAGCAUCGCGGUGGCGGUGGCGGUAGGGGAUUCUCCGAUGGUUUUCCGCACGAGCGCCGCCGCUACGACGACCAUAGAGAUGGCCCCGGCUACGGUGGGAAUGGCGACGCCAUGCAGUCCCCCCAGCAUCAUCAUCGCGGCAGGGGCAGUGGUGGUGGCAGGGGGCGCGGCGGUGCUGCCUGUGACAUCCCACCGCCCUCAUCAUACCGCAAAACCGACAGCAACCAAGAAAAUCGCAAGUGGGCGCAGAGUGCGGAGGAUGUGGCAGGGGGCACUGAAGGGGAGAAGGAACCGCAUCGGCAGCGCAAGCCAGCGGCUGCUCGCCGUGGCCGGCGUCGCCCAAAUCAGGGCAGUGGCGAAAAGGAGUAG